UCUUGAAAAAAGUAUUACAUGUCCUUGAGAGUAACAUUUAAAAUUUCAUGGAUUUAAUUCUCUUUCUCGUUCUCAGUUUGUGCAUAACAUGUUGCAAAGUUGAGGCAAGAAGCAAAAUUUUACUAGAUGAAACAAAUAAUUUUAAUCUAUCAUAUAGCAUCGAGGAUUUUGUGGCCGAUAAAUUUGAUUGUGUUGGUAUAUACAAGCAACCUACUCUACAACACCCUUUACUAAAAGAGCACAAAAUUCAGCUUCUACCAACUUUUGCAAAGAACAUUGUGCGAAGUAGACCAUCUUAUGGUAAAACAGCGGUUGAUUGUCCAUUGGGAAAAGUGCCUAUCUACAACAGGAGAGGAAGACAUCAGAUUAUUGCUAAUUCAUCUUCAAAAUUAGAAAUUGAUGAUUUUCAACGGCAUUCUAAAAGUAACCCUGGCUAUCAUACUGUUACCCUUGAUACAACCCAAAAUACGAUAUUUCAUGGAGCAUACGCGGGCAUAGCUUUGUAUAAUCUAUCAGUUCAAGCAAAGCAAUACAGCAUGUCUUACAUUUGGAUUGAAAGUGGAUCAGGAACACAACUAAAUAGCAUAAAAGUUGGAGUUGGGGUUUUUCCAACUUUAUAUAAAGACAACCAACUACGAUUAACUAGUCGAUGGACGGCAGAUGGUUUUAGACAAACUGGAUGUUACAAUGAUAAUUGUCCGGGUUUUGUGCAAGUCAAUAGUAACAAAGAUUUUACUCUUGGUACUGUCAUGUCGCCCACUAAUUCAAUUGGAGCAACUGAAAAGUUUGCUAUUUUUUUGAAAAUCAAACAGGAUCGAUCUACAGGUCAUUGGUGGUUACUUAUGCGACAUGAAUCAAUACAAGUUGGAUAUUGGCCAAGAGAGUUAUUCAAUCACUUAGGUAUGGGAGCAUCAAAGAUUCGAUUUGGAGGUCAAACUUAUGCUCCACCUAAUACGGAUAGUCCCCCAAUGGGUAGUGGAAGAUUGCCUAAAGAAAAAUUUGAAAACUCGGGUUUUAUGGGACAACUUAGGAUUAUUGAUUCACAAUAUAAUGAAGCUGACGUAAAACCUGAAAACAUGAAGCCAUAUAGAGAUACUAAUUCAAAUUGUUAUGACGUGAUAUACAAUGGUUUUGAAGGACGUCUUUAUAGGCAAGCUUUUCUUUAUGGUGGGCCAGGUGGACGAAAUUGUGGUAUAUGAUUGUAUUUACAACUAUAUUUAAUAAAACUAUGAUUCGUCCUUAAUUUAUAUUGUUA